AUGCCAAAACUACAACGGUUGAAGCUCAACCCACUCAAACAAUUCUCUAUAAGUCGACAAGGAAUGAAGAAUUACAAGAAAGAAGACACUACAACCUACAAAGUCAACGAUACAGGUGUUGUAAAAUUGCAUCGGCAAAAAUAUUUCCGGAUGUAUCCGCAUCUACAAGGCAUCUUUGAAUCAACUAUUUCGGGACACGUACUCCGGAUGCGGAUGAGAAUGCACCAAACUCACCAAACCGGACGUAGUAACAAGAAGGCACUAGGCGUAACUAGACACACCAAACACACCAAAGGCGAGUAG